CUGAAUGGAAGCAUCAUGUGAAACUUGAGGCGUCUGUCGUCAGGAUUUCUGCGCGGACGCCGCACGCACUGUGGCUGCAGCAGGACGCAGCCAGGGGGACGUUUCAUUCCUGUGGUGUCUGUCCCUCUCGUGUUUGUGUUUGCGCUCUGAAUCGGAGUGAUGCGCGCAUGGAGGACAUCAUUCUGGGCGUUCUUCGGUUGGUGUUGGUGAUGGACGGAGAACGGACGCGCUCUGGAUAGACCCUGCGCCGUGAAGUUCACGUGGGAAGCGGCGAGACAUUUGGUUUUAUAGGUCAUGUCAAGCCCUAGCAUCCGUGUGAAGGUCGACAAGAAAAAUCCUGUACAUUUCAUCCCAGGGGAGAUGUGGCUGAACUCUUCAGUAUGACAUAAACCCCGGUCCUCCAGCCUACACGUCUUCAGGGAUGGAUAUCGUGAACUUCACGACCGUCAUCGACAAUGGGUUCUUGGACGACAUGCCAUCGAGCCGCGUGCUGACCGGCUGCUUCCUCUCGCUGCUCAUCCUUACCACGCUGCUGGGAAACACGCUGGUGUGUGCGGCCGUCACCAAGUUUCGUCACCUGCGCUCCAAAGUCACCAACUUCUUUGUGAUCUCGCUGGCCGUCAGCGACCUCUUGGUGGCCAUCCUGGUGAUGCCGUGGAAGGCGGUGACGGAGAUCGCGGGCUUCUGGCCGUUUGGCUCUUUCUGUGACACCUGGGUGGCUUUUGACAUCAUGUGCUCCACGGCAUCCAUUUUGAACCUUUGCGUGAUAAGCCUAGACCGCUACUGGGCCAUCUCCAGCCCCUUUCGCUAUGAGAGGAAGAUGACACCCAGAGUGGCCUAUGUCAUGAUCAGCGUGGCCUGGACGUUGUCUGUCCUCAUUUCUUUUAUCCCCGUGCAGCUCAACUGGCACAAAGCCCAGAGCAAACCUUACAAGCCGCUCACUGAGCCGUUAGUGUCACUGGAAUCAAACGCUACAUCUCUACCCACCUCCGAAAAUUGUGACUCCAGCCUGAACAGGACCUACGCCAUCUCCACCUCUCUCAUAAGCUUCUAUAUCCCUGUCGCUAUAAUGCUGGCCACAUACACACAGAUUUACCGUAUUGCUCACAGACAAAUCAGGAGGAUCUCUGCCCUGGAGCGUGCCGCAGAGAGCGCCAAGAACAGGCACAACAGUUUGGGCCGAGGCUCCAGCAUCGCGGAGUCGGAGAGCUCAUUCAAAAUGACAUUUAAAAGGGAGACAAAGGUGCUGAAGACACUGUCAGUGAUAAUGGGGGUGUUUGUGUGCUGCUGGCUGCCAUUUUUCAUCCUAAACUGCAUGGUGCCCUUCUGCGAGCAGUCAAGCGGAGGAGAGGCCUUCACUUGCAUAAGCCCCACCACCUUUGACGUGUUCGUGUGGUUCGGUUGGGCUAACUCCUCCCUCAACCCCAUCAUCUAUGCCUUCAAUGCCGAUUUCCGCAAGGCCUUCUCCAUCCUGCUGGGCUGCCACAGACUGUAUCCAGGAGGCCACAACGUAGAGACAGCCAGUCUAAACAAGAAGUGACUCACGACUCUCCCGGCACUGACUCAUCCCUUUAUUCCAGGAGUCCAGGAGUUUAAUGUGCGUCCAGCCUGACCGAGAGGAGGACGCUGCUGUCUGUGCUUCUGCGCUAACUCUUGGUGUUACUGAAUGGUACUGUGACACUACGUGUGCACACGUUGGCAUUGGGUGAGUGUGACCCUGCUGUGCUUUCUGUGGCUGUUACACAACCUUCAGAAGUGAGAAUCGCGUCUGGGAGCAGGGUGGAUUUAGGAUUGAGAUUAAGAUGUUGCUGGUUGUGCCAGGCGCCUGAGCGUGUGCCGGUACUGACAUGGAUCCAGGAUGCAUAAUCCACGGAGCUGGGCAGCCUGCACUGUGGCCGACGCUGCUGUCCUCCUUAGCGUCACACUCUACAGCGCACAGGGUCAAGGCAUCCUCUGCUGACUACAGUGCAACUGCUGCAAAACUCGUGCACUUUACCAAAUUACGCGACGGCUCACAGAUCUACUGUCACACAACGAGAUUAAAACUCUCUGCAAGGACCAAGGUAAUGCAUCCAACCAAAUCGUGUUUGGUGUAAGUGCAGGAACAUAAUACACCCACAAGUGACUUAAUGUUGCAGCCAGAAUGCAAAACAUCGUUGGAUAAACCGCAUUUGUGUUUCAUGUGACAGCUCUCCGAGGGGAAAACUGUGGUCUGAAUUUAUUUUAAAAGUAACAUGUAGGUGUGAAGGGGUUCUAGGCUAGUAGGAUAUUCCUUUACCUCUGCCAGUUGUUGGAUUAUUAUACAUGCAGAUCAAAUGAAUGCAAAACUUAUUACAGCUUGAAAUGAGGAUGCACCGUGAAACCAGCUGGUGACUGCCAUUUUCAAACUGGACCAAUCCUUUUUCAUUCAGUGAGCGCUGCAAGGUCUCACUACCAACAACACUCUGCCAAGUGGGAACAAUUGCUGCAGGAAAAACACCAAAGUUAGUCAUUUUCCAUAUUAACAAUGCAUUUAAAAAUAAAGCUGUGUUUGUAAAAAUGCAGCUGUAUUGUACAGAAAUAUCUGUGUUUUGCUUUGGGAAAGACUUUAGGCAACAACAGGAAGGCUGAGCAAAGUUGCUGUAUUUUCAGCGUUUCAGCAUCCGUCUUUAUGGAACUUGCUGGAUUUGGAAAUGUUGACAGGCUGACGAAAAUCUCAAACUCGCCUACAGGAAAGUAGGUGUUUAAACUCUGUAGAGUAUACAUAUCCAGAUUACAGUUUUGGUAAUGGUACCUGCUCUAAACUAUGCUAAGUGCUUAGAUAAAGACCAUUCAAAAGUUUAACUCCAUAAUCAUCUUGUCUUUCUCUUAGAAUUGUAAAAGCAUCUAUUACAGCUGUUGCUCUCUUCUCCUGAUACUACUAAUGAUGAUUCAGGGAUAGCUAGGAAAAAAACUUUAACCUGAGAUCAGGAAAUGAUCACCAAAUUCUGAUCGCUGAAUCUCGGAGUUCAAAUAACAAUGAAUCUCAACAAAGCUUGGUCACCAGUUAUUCUGAGUUCUGUCCUGCCCAUUUGAAUUGACAUUUUUUUCAAUGGAUUAUAACAUAUAUAAAUACACAUUGGUGUAACUUUCAGUUUAAUUAGGCAUUCGAUUUAGCCAAACAUUGACCAUAAAGGUUUUCCAUGCUCUUUGGUAGAAGUAGUGACUUUGAAGACAGCAGAAAAACGUAGGAAUUGCACAAUUAUCCCCAUCUACGCUUUUAAUCAUAUAAGUACACCAGAAUAGGUGCUGUUUCUUGAUGCACGAGUUCUUACCGUUGACUAAUUUAAUUACACAGCAGUAAGAAAUAGUCUUAUUCUUCAGCAAUUGACUGAUCACCAGUUGGACCCGAUUAUUGGAAAAUUGUUCGAUUUUGGUCACUGGCAGGUUGAGUGGUGCAUCACUAAUUUCAUAAGGAGUGAAAUCCAACAGAAUCAUUUACCAGUGCCCAGAGAUUCUAACAAACUCCCAAGAUUGGAAGAGAAGGACACAAUGAAAAGGUAGUGCUGAUUCUUGCUAAGCAGCUAAAUGUUUAUUCAUUUAAACAAGUACACUUUCUAAAGAGAAACAGGGAACCCAAUGAGAAAAUAUUCACUUAGCUAUCAACCAAUGCUUAUGUCAUGCAACUGGACUUUUAGAUAUCGCCUACUCUUGCACAUUUGGGAAAUUGCUCAGGACCACCAAGGCACAAUCUUACCAUAAACUCAACGAUGCUGGAAUGCAGUCAUCAAUCUCCAUAGCGAAGCAAAUUUUACAUCCGCAUGGACUGAGAAGAUGCCCCUGCACUGAAAUUGGUACCUUCGAACUUGACUGAAACUUGUAGCUCAAGAGCUUAACUCCCUACAGGAAUCAGUUUUAUGGUCAGGUGAGGCAAACGUUGAGCUAUUUGGCUACAAGUAUUAUGUUUGAAUGAGUCAAUGUGAUGCUUUCAAAGCUAUGAACUCAUUACCAGCUGCCAAGCAUUGGUAGUGGUAGCCCCUUCCCGUGGGGUUGUUUUGCUGCUAGUAGUACUGGUGCAACACGCAACGUGCAUGAAAGAAUCGAUGGACAUUUUUCAAAUUCACCUCAAACCGAGUCUAAAUGUUUGACACUUUGACACAGUUGGAUGUUUCAAUGGGUCGGUAAUCUUAAAAACACAUCAAAACUGGUUUUGCAAUGGAUAAAGCAGGUUAACGAACUCCUGAAAUGGUAAUGCAACAUGCCUGUGCCUGAAAUGGUCUUCCAAAGGUCCAAACCACAGGCCUGAUAAGAGUAUUCUUGUUUCUUGAAAAGGAAUCAUUUAUAUAGAGUGUUAUAACCAGAAACUAUUAUGAUGUCCAUCCCACGAUGACAGUGUGCAAACUUGUGGUUACAACAAAAUUUAUUGUACAUGAUGUUGCAUUUUAGGGAAAAGAAUUACUGUCAUCACUACAGGAUAUGAUCUGCAUAAGUGCUCAUUUAAUGAAUAUCCCCAUUUACUUCUUGUAGUUGAUUGUUCUUUGUGAACUUUUGUUAUCCAUGCAAACAAGUCAGAUUUGAAAUUAUUUAGAAAUGUUGUGGUUAAUUAAAUUCUAAAUUAAACGAGAAAGCCAUAGGUCACAUCACUGAGUUUUUUUUAAGCUGGGGAAAGUUCUGGAGCAGCAGGAAUAAGGCCUUUAAAAUUGUCUACAUAUAAGAGGAAAACUGCAACUCAUUACUUGUUACUAGGAAAGCACAUAUAGUAUGACAAUAAGAGCAGAUAAAAGUUGAUGACUUUGACGGUCAAUAUUGAGGCUUGUGAACUUCCUGUUUAAGGACUUCUAAAAAUGACCAAACCUGACAAAUUUGAAUGGAUUAAAAGAAACAGGAGCGUCUGUAGUUUCACUAUUACUUUCUUAAUUUCCUCAUAUUACGGGUGAGCUGCAUCUCUCC